AGCAACAACGCUUCGAAGCAUUUUGACUAUUGAUAUUUAAAAGUGGCAAUUGCUGCUAUAUUUUUUGGCAUGAAAUCUUCUCCUACUUCUGUCACAUUUAGAAGCACUGUAAAUUCUGAGAAUGUAUUAAACGAAUCUCGCCGAUCAGUGGAGUUAGAUUCACACAGCGGUGAAGAAUCGUCAACUAGCAAUGAUUCGGAAGAAACAACUACCCGGGACAGACUGUGCGUGGAUAAAAGAGGUAAAGAAAGACCUCCAUUAGGGUUUUAUAUAAACCGAACUGGUUUUCCUAUUAAGGAUUACGUUUGGGAGAGAAUGUGGCAACAUGUACAAAAUGUCCACCCCAAUGGAUUUGGAAUGUCGAUGAAAAUUCGCGGAAAUGUAACUUUGCCCAAAGUGCCUGUUCCAAAUUUACCAAAUUUUACAUAUGGCAUGGAUGUUUCGACGAAGUUAGAACUGAUUCAAAAGUACCUUUCUGAAUUGAAGUACAAUCACACUGGGACUCAAUUCUUUGAGAUACGAAAAGAUAGACCAUUGUGUGGUUUGAUGGAGUCAGCAAAAGAAAUGAUCAGAGAAUCUCUACCAAUCAAAUGUUUAGAGGCGACUAUACUUGCUUUGCAUCUUACGAAUGGAAUAGCUGGUCUACAAAGAUUUACAAUUGGUUUCAAGACUCAAACUAACACAACCUGGUUAAGUCAUGUUGUUUUGGGCUUGUACUAUAAUGGGAAAUUUGGAGCUCUUGGCUUGAGUCGUAGAGAUGAUCUCAUGUACAAGGCACUUCAGUUUAAAACUUUACCUGACCUUAUUGAGAAUUAUAAGACAUGUUACAACAAAUAUUUUCAUGUUUUAAAAAGGAUUAAGAUCAGUUAUCCCGUGGCGCAUGAUCCGCAUAGCUGUGAACGAAUAAACUGGAAAUAUUUGACAAUCAGUGUGGACAAAGUGGCUAAAGAGAAGAGAGUAGCAAUGCUGGAAAGAUAUUCACGAGAGUUGAAGACUAUGUCUCUUGGUUUUAGUAAUAGUCCACAGUUUGCUAAUGGAAAAGAAUUCUUGUAGAUGUCUGAAAAUUGAUUAGCUAUUUAAUUUAAUAGCACCCUUACUGAAUGUAAUAAUAUAUUUAUAUGAGAAUUCUGUAUGAAGAAAACUAGAACUUUGAUAAAAUAAACUGAAAUAUAUAUUACACCCAGACAUGUGUGGUAUCCUGAU